UUCAAAACAUGCUCGAUCUUUAACCACAGGUUUUGAAAAAAAAAAACCAUUAGACCGCCCCCUUUGUGUUUGAAUAGCUCUCCAGACCUCACCAUUCCUCUCUUCGUUUCAUUUCUUCUUCUAUAAUCAUUGCAGUUCUCGAUCUUCAAUAGAACUUCAUAUCUUCGGUUGGAUCUGCAAAUGUGCAUCGUUUCUACUUGCUCUCUUUUCCGGUUCUCCGUUUCUCGGUUUUCGGAGCUCAGUUCGGUGUUUGUUCUGUUGUUUAGUGUGGAGGAACUUUCUAGUUAGGUUGAUUUAUAAUGAUUUGGAAAGCAUAUUGUGGAGAGAAACGUUGUAGAGUUGGAAUUGGGGUAUGCAUCUUUAUUCAUCUACAAAGGAACUAUGGAUGGUGACAGAACAACAUCGACUCCUUCAGUUGUGCCCAGCAUCAGCGAUGGCGCUCAGAGAAUGCGAGCUUUUCAUGGAAGAACUAGUGGUCCUACGAGACGUUCUACAAAAGGGCAAUGGACCCCUGAGGAGGAUGAGAUUCUGCGUAAAGCUGUUCAACAAUUUAAAGGAAAAAAUUGGAAAAAGAUAGCGGAGUGUUUCAAGGAUCGGACUGAUGUACAGUGCCUACACAGGUGGCAAAAGGUCUUGAAUCCAGAACUUGUUAAAGGGCCAUGGUCCAAAGAGGAGGAUGAACUGAUAAUUGAGUUGGUGAACAAAUUUGGGCCCAAAAAUUGGUCAACCAUUGCUCAGCACUUACCUGGACGUAUUGGAAAGCAGUGCAGAGAAAGGUGGCAUAAUCAUCUCAAUCCAGCCAUAAAUAAAGAGGCAUGGACUCAGGAAGAAGAGCUGGCUCUUAUUCGUGCUCAUCAGGUUUAUGGAAACAAAUGGGCAGAGCUCUCAAAGUUCUUGCCAGGAAGGACAGACAAUGCUAUAAAAAAUCACUGGAACAGUUCAGUCAAAAAGAAAGUGGACUCUUACGUAGCAUCAGGACUUCUAGAACAAUUUCAGUUUCCACUUCUUACAAAUCAAAGCCAGUCUAUGCCUUCAUCUUCUUCAAGGAUACAGAGGAAUGUAGAUGAUAGUGGUGCCAAAAGUAGGACAGAAGCAGAUGACAUAUCAGAAUGCAGCCAAGAACCUACUAUGGCUGGCUGCUCCCAGACUACAAGUGAUUUGGCUAAUGCUGCUGUACAUACAAGAGAGCAUUCGCACUUGACUGAAAUAUCUGGUGUGGGAAAGGAGAAGAAUUCCUGUCCGGCACCUUGUUCAGAAGAGUAUUAUCCAUCUUUGGAAGAUGUCAGCUUCUCCAUUCCAGAAAUACCUGGUGAAGCAGGGUAUUCAACAUGUGGGGAUUACCAGUUUGGUUUAACAAACCUACCUAAUCCUUCUUCUCUGGAAUUAGGGCCAGAAUCAUCUGGAUUCAAAAAUCACUGUAUAGAUACUAGUAGAUGCCAUGAAGUGAUGAAUGUUGCAUUACAAACUUCUGUAGGAUUAAAUGCACCUACAUCUUUCAUAAAUACAGUUACAACUUCUGACAAGCAAGAACAUAUGCUGAUAACGGAUGAUGAAUGUUGUAGGGUCCUAUUCUCAGAGACAGUAACUGAUGGAUGCUUUGUCUCUGAAGAUCUUACACAAGGAUAUAAUAUGGUUGAAUCAUCUUCUCAGGCUUCAGACAUCCAAAAAUCUGAAACUGGAGCGUUGCAAUCUAAUUGUCCUUCAAGGUCUGAAGUGUUGCCAACCUCAUGCUGUCAACCUUUUGUGCCUCCACUUAUUUCAGUUGAGGAUGGUACCACCCUUAUAUAUGGCAGAGAGCUUGGUCAGUUAACUGGUCAACCUUUUGAAACUCAGGAGCAAGAACUUACUAUGAAUGUACGUGAUGGCUUUAUCUGUACUAGUGAUGACCAUACAUAUGGUACAGACAUGCAAGAGCGAUCAUACCUUGACAAAGAUUCUCCGAAGUUGGUUCCAGUGAACACUUUUGGUUCUGAAUCAAAUGCAAUGCAAACUUGUCCUAUUGUGGAUGAUAAACCAAACUUGCCUGCUGAACAAGAUGAAGGAGGUCUAUGUUAUGAACCUCCUCGCUUUCCAAGCUUAGAUAUUCCAUUUUUCAGCUGUGAUCUUAUAUCAAGUGGCAGCGAUAAGCAGCAAGAAUAUAGUCCCCUUGGUAUUCGCCAACUAAUGAUGUCAUCUAUGAACUGCAUCUCUCCAUUUAGAUUGUCUGAUUCUCCAUUAUGGGAUGAUAGUCCUGAUGCUAAGCUGAAAAGUGCUGCCAAAACUUUCACUGGUACACCAUCCAUAUUGAAGAAACGCCACCAUGACCUAUUGUCUCCUUUAUCAGAAAGAAAAUGUGGCAAAAAGCUGGAAACAGAUAUGACAUCCAAUUUGAGCAAAGAAUUCUCUUGCUUGGAUGUUAUGUUGGAUGCGAGUGGGACUGGAAACACAUCUCAGGAGUCUCCAUCUGAAUGUAAGACCAAGUCUGGUGUCUUCAUUGAAGAAAAAGAAAACCUGUGUCAAGCAGUUGAUCAGGAACAAUACAAUGGGGGAGAUCACACUGAACCUUUAGAUGAUGAAGGUCAGAAGAAAGAUUCUAAUGGAAUUAAUUCCCAAGGAGACAUAGAAAAGGAAGCCUGCGUUACUGAUGCCAAGGACAAAACAUAUGCUAACGCUUCUGACAAAAUUGUCCAACGGCCUCCAGAAGUGCUUGUUGAGCACAAUUUAAAUGAUCUACUAUUGUUUUCUCCUGACCAUGUUGGUCUUAAAGCAGACAGACCAUUAUUGUCUUCAAGCACACUGACUCCAAGAAAUCAGGGUUUGGCUUCUGAAUGCUUUUCGGGAAAUGCAUGCAUAAUUGUAAGCUCUCCUACUCCGCAAAUAAAGAACAGUGAAAGCCAGUCAAUUUCAUCAGCAACCUUGGAGAAUUUGGCUGAUAAUGCCGGGAAUGGUGCUGCUAUUGAAAAUUACAAUAUGUUCAGUGAAACUCCAUUAAAAAGAAGUAUAGAAUCCUCAUCAGCAUGGAAGUCUCCUUGGUUUAUCAACUCUUUUGUUCCAGGCCCAAGGAUUGAUACAGAAAUAACAAUUGAGGACAUUGGAUACCUGAUGAGCCCUCCAGAUAGAAGCUACGAUGCCAUCGGGUUGAUGAAACAAUUAAGUGAGCAUACUGCAGCUACUUAUGCUGAUGCUUUGGAAGUUUUGGGAAAUGAAACUCCAGAAUCAAUUGUGAAGGGAAGACGCUCCAACAAUUCUAAAAUGGACAAAGAGAAUAAUCAAAUGGAGACUCAAUCACAUUUGGCUUCAGAUAUCUUGGUGGAGCGUCGCAUCCUUGACUUUAGCGAAUGUGGAACGCCUGGAAAGGGUACCGAAAAUAGAAAGUCCUCAACUGCCGUGAGUUUCUCAAGCCCUACCUCUUCCUACCUCUUGAAAGGCUGCAGGUAAUGGUUUAUCAAGGGUACUGAAAAGGCUUGCAUGUUUGUAGUUUACAUUGAAUAUAUGUAUGCCAUCUUUUUUUCCCCCUUUUUCUUUUCAAAAGCCAUCAAUUUCUUGUCGAACGAGAAUGGAUCUAAUUAAGUUAAUUGAUGAUAAAAAAAGAAUUGUGCAAGCGCAUAAGAUUCUCCAA